AUGACUCCAGGACAGUACUCUAGCCUCCAAAAGGAGCUGUCCAGCAUUGUGUGCAAGUACACAGUUGUUGAUUCAAUGAGACCUGAUGUAGCUGAGCUUGUCAAAUCACCCGACAAUCUUGGAUUGUUCAGGGACGUAUUUGGAAACUAUAUUUCCAUGAUCAAGAUGCGUUCUCAGGCAUUUGAAGAUGGAAAAGUCACUUUGUAUGACAAGGCACUGUUGAUUCUCACCACCAACGGCAACAACCUGCACAACUUGGGGGCAAUCGAGCUUUUCCUUGAUGAAAUUCUCGGAGUGAAAACGGAUGGAAGGGCUGGAGAUGUGGAAGCAAUUCUUGAAAAGAAUAUUGCGGUCAGGUCCAUGCUCCAGCGUGCUCAAGCCACGGAUUGGAGCGACGGGAAUUUCGAUAAAAAGGUAAAACACGAAGACGUUGAAGGAAUGACGGAAAUGCCGGCAGAUAAGAAACGGAAGAGAAAGCUUGAAAGUCCCGCUGAAAAGAAAGAGUCAUCCCCGACAUUGUGGGACAGCGACAGUGCCAUCUCCAAAAUGCUCGACACACUUGAGCGGGCAAAGAAGGAAUUCCACGCAGUCGACGAAAAGGAAAGGGGUGCUAAGUACCUUGCCGCAAAAUUUCUAAGAGACACGGCAGAAAAUAUUCUUGCAUAUUUCAGGGAGAAUGGCCUCCAACGCCAUGAGCUGGUGCCUCACAUUAAGUCAGCAUACUGGCUCGGAUACAAGAAGACGCUCGCAGCAACUGGAGGAAGGGCUCGACCAUUCGAGAUGAGCUCGGAUCAGUACCGUUAUCGUGAACGACAACUGCGUGAUACCCGUCCCAACUUCGGGCGCGCUGACUGCUACCGACCCAGAGAAAGGAAUGCCUCGCCUGCUGAUAGGGCUAGGGCGCGGUAUUCCCGACGCGGAUAG